GACACAUUUGUAAUGCAAAUCGGGAGCUUCAUGAGAGAGUGGUUUUCACCUGUGCCUGUGAGUGCCUAGACCAGUCAUGGCGGAGGGAUAUGAAUUUGACCUGACCUAUGUCACGGAGCGAAUCAUUGCUGUAUUCUUCCACCGCACAUGCUCAGCACAGGCCUACCUGCACAACCUGCAGGAGAUCACACACAUGCUGAAAUCCAAACACGCAGACAACUACUUGGUCAUUAACCUGUCAGAGCCCAGAACAGACCUCAGGAGAAUGAACCUUAGGGUGCUGGAGUUUGGUUGGCCACAGUUUCAUGCUCCAUCUCUUAAUCUGUUGUGUUCAGUGUGUAAGAACAUGCACGAUUGGCUUAACACACACACUCAACACGUGUUAAUACUACACUGUCAGGGCGACAGAGGCAGAGUGGGCGUGGUCAUAUCCUCCUAUAUCCACAUACCGAGUGUGUCUGCCAAUGAGGAGAACGCUUUGGAUCUCUUCACCAUGAGGCAGUUCUGUCAGGAGGAAUCAGCCAAUAGAAUGACACCGUCUCAGAACAGAUGUGUGCAGAUGAUUGCUGGGCUUAUGACUGGUCAAAUAAGAAUAAACCAUUCUUCCCUCUUUCUCCACUGUGUCGCCCUUCAUCGUGUCCCCAAUUUUCACCCCACAGUGUGUCAGCUGUUUAUCAGAGUGUACCAGAACAUGCAGGCAGUGUACACUUCAGCAAUACAUCAGGUUGCUGUAGGUCAGGCAGACACAGUGUAUUUUUGCAUGGAGCCACCUCAGUCUCUCAGGGGAGAUAUAAUGAUUGUGUGUUAUCAUAAAAACGCUGCAGCGGGAAAGCGGGAAGUUGUGUUCCGUGUGCAGUUUCACUCAGGCACUCUCACAGGACAACCCCUCUCCUUCCACAAAAAGGACCUUGACCACGCAAAGACAGAUCCCAGAUUUCCUGAGGACGGGAGAGUGGACCUGGUGUUUACAGAGGCUGGCAGGACGAAUCCGGAUGUUUCCUCAGCUCCGGCUCCAUGGUUGAACAGUUCUGCUGUGGUCAUCGAUUACGACACUCAGGACAGCUUGGUUCGCCGGGACUCUUACGAGAACCUUACAACAGAAGUUCAGCAUGACCAAAGCCCCACCCAUGUCCCACUGAACGCUGAGCAGCCACGUUUGACGCAGCUGUCAGUCACAACAAGCUCCGCCUCUGUCGUCCAUGAUCCAGUCACCACCAAGCCCUGGUCAGAACACUGCAUCCGCUCUGUGAGCAGCGCCUCUGGCUUCUCCAGCACCCCUCAGUGGGAGGAGGGGCAAAAGACCCUGCUCCAGACAGGGGACAGCUUGGUCCAGUCACACAGGCCACGUCCUUUGGAUCAGCUGGAUAGAGAUCUUCCUCCAUUGGAGGGCACAAUGACUGAACUGACUGUAGCCAAUCAAAACGUAGAACAGGAGACAGAAGAGGGGUCCCAACAUUCUGACACCACCCAUGGCCAUGUAAUUUGUAAUAAUCAUGUCAAUGGUGAAGCCACGCCCACAGAGCAGAAAACUGAAGUUUUGGAUAAAGAGGUUGCCAUGACGUCAAACUCCAAAGACACGCCUUCAGCGCGGAAUUUGCCUGCUUCACUGUCAUUGGAUGGCAGUGGGAGCCAUCAAAAUUGUAGCCAAUCAGAGGACCCUGGGAGGUGUUAUGCCGCUAGCGAAACCUCCGGUCAAGAGGUAACAUUAACCAGUGUGCACACGUACAGAACAGUGACGAGGACAUAUAAGACAGACACACCAGUAAGCCAAGAGCGGCCUGACCCAGCCCAUUCCAACAUCUACCACACCCCUGAGAGGCUAGGACAGAGAAAUGAGGCGGUGCUACACGGCCACAGCGUUACACAACUAACCAAUCAGGUUCCGCAGCUGGAGUCAGAGGCAGAAAAAGAGGAGGAGCUUGCUUCCCUGGCCUCGGAUAUUGAUCAGUCGAUCGAGCAACUGAAUCAGCUGAUUUUGGAUUUGGAUCCUGAAUUUGAACCAGUCCCCACACGCGCACGAGGUCACAUGACCCGCUCUGCAUCGCUCCAGACCAAUGGAAUUCACUGUGUGGAUGGACAGAGAAACACUGCCCAGUCAGGUUGGAAGCACAGGCAGGUUAGUGAUGUGACCGAUUACUCAGGCAUUUCGCCCUAUCAGAACCCUCCAGUCCACACACCACUGUCUCAGAGGCGUGGUCUAUACCGCUAUGAGACUGUUGACUGUGGAGAUGUGAGUCCUGUGAUUGAUGGAAGAUCUUAUGAGGCUCCAGCCACACCAGCUUUUCCCGUUUCUCCACCAACACCAUAUGUGAAGAGUGCGUCUGACUUUUCACAUCUAAAAUUGACAUCGAAGCCCAGUGACCAGUUCCUAGGCAAGACAUGGCAAGAGUCGCGGGGUUACAUUGACAGUAUGACACAUACUCCUGUGUCAUCAGAUGGAGAUCUGUUUCGCUCAGACGUGACUGCAAGCCCCGCCUCCUGCCAGAGGAUGUUUGGGUCCAUGCGUUCCCUCUCCACAUCCAGUCCACAGCUCCCCAACGACAGUCCGACUCCCCCCCAGUCCUGGCUGAAGGGCGGGUCCAGUACACCCCUGAGUCACUACACUCCCCAGUCCUCACCCUCCCUCACUGCCCCAAACUCCCACAGCUCACCCCGGGGGCCACCCCGAGGUGUGCCCGACAGCCUGGAGCUCACUCUGAUGGAAGCGGUGGAGGGACUGGAGAUGCUGGGUUUGGGAGGGACUCAUCCACCACUGUUACCCCAGAAGAGGAGAGGUGUAGACGGAGCAGAUGUCUCCCUGACUCCCCCUCUCAGUCGGAGCGGUGUCAGCAGUGUCCCUUUCUCCAGCAGCAACUCCUCACCAACAGGAUCUGCACCUAGUCCAGACUGGACCUCUAACAAACAGGAGACGGUGAAGUUUGUUCAGGACACGUCAAAGUUCUGGUAUAAACCAGACAUCUCCAGAGAACAGGCUAUCGCUGUUCUGAAGGAUAAAAAGCCAGGCUCCUUCAUCGUCAGGGACAGUCACUCAUUCCGCGGAGCUUACGGAUUGGCUAUGAAGGUGGCGACGCCCCCGCCCUCUGUCCUACAGCAGAGCAGGAAAGGUGGAGACCUCUCCAGUGAGUUGGUGCGACAUUUUCUGAUUGAAUGCACCCAGAAAGGAGUACGGCUAAAAGGAUGCCCUAAUGAACCUUACUUUGGAAGUCUGACGGCGUUAGUCUGUCAACACUCCAUCACACCGCUGGCCCUGCCCUGUAAACUCAUUCUCCCAGACAAAGAUCCUCUGGAGGAGUUGAGUGAGUCCCAGGCCCAGUCAUCCUCUAACUCUGCAGCAGAGCUACUGAAACAAGGAGCAGCGUGUAACGUCUGGUUCCUGGGCUGUGUGGAUCUGGAGUGUCUCACAGGCCUGCAGGCAGUGCAGAAGGCCUCCAGCAUAAUCCUCUGCUCUCAGCCACCGCCUGCCUCCACCAUCGUCCACUUCAAAGUCUCCUCACAGGGCAUCACACUCACAGACAACCAGAGGAAACUGUUCUUUAGGAGGCACUACCCUGUCAGUACAGUCAUAUUCUGUGCCCUGGACCCACAGGACAGGAAGUGGGUGAAAGAUGGCUGCAGUCCAGCAAAGAUCUUCGGCUUUGUGGCGAGAAAGUCCACUAACAGCACAGAGAACGUGUGUCACGUGUUCGCCGAGCACGACCCAGAACAGCCCGCCAGCGCCAUCGUCAACUUCGUCUCCAAAGUGAUGAUCGGAUCACAGAAGAGCAAAUAGAUUCACAGACACACACACACUAACACUCAAACAGACAGA